AUGGUUAAACAUUGUUGCAUAAAAUACUGUAAAAGUCAAUCGGUAUCUGGUUGCGGCAUAUCAUUUCACAGAAUUCCAAAAAAUGCGGAAUGUGGGCAAAAAUGGAUAGAUGUGAUCCCGGGGUGUGUUUCAAAGUACUCUGUUGUGUGCAAUUUACAUUUUAAGCCAGACGAUUUUACUGAUACAUGUUAUCGAAAAACUUUAAAACUGAACGCAGUUCCGUCAAUUUUUCCUGUUAAAAAUUCAAGUUCAAAAGUCAAAAAGUUUGCCUCGAGGAAUACUUCACGGGAUGCGAUGAAACCAAAUAAAAGUGUUAAAUUUUCUGUUCCUGGACAGCGGGCUCGUCAUCUUCACCAGGUAUUGGGAGCUAAAGUGAAGACGAAAGCAGCGCCCAACAAAUCGCCCGUUGUGAGACCUAGGCACGGCACGCCGAAAAUAAAGAGUGUAAAACUGGCGAAGAUUCCAAUCAGUAAACCAAAGACAGCAACGCCAAAGAAACCCACAGCGGCGCCGAAACCUGCCGCCAAAACGUCGGUGAAAAGCCCCGCUAAGCCAACGCUGAAUCCAAUUGCCGUUGAUGCGACAAAUGUGGAAUACGAAUGCCCAAAAUGCAUGAAAUCCUUUCGUAAUUAUUUUUCUGCUCACAGGCAUAUACAAAAAUGUCAUUGUGUAAAUAGCGCUGGUGAGAAAGUCCCCCCUAACUCACCACAUCUUAUAAAACCGAUAACAAGACAACUGUGCCCUAAAUGCAACAAACGAAUUAUGGCAAACAAGACACAUUCAUGUGAAAACAACCCAGAUGAGAAUGAAGAAUUGGGACCGGCAAUGUAUUAUGUGUGUUCCGGGUGUAAGGAGCAGUUUAUCAGUCUAAAAUUGUUUGAUAAACAUGUGUCAGGCCUUCACUACCUUGGGGUUGAGAGUAUGUUCUUACCUAGCAAAGAAGAUUUCCAGGAGUGGAAAAAUGAAAUGGAGAAGCUUAUUAAUGUCAGAUAUGCCAUCCUCGGAAAAUACAGUUCCAAAGAAAUGUACCGCUGCACAUUCCUACCGGACGGAACCAACAUCCAUGACGACACCACUUCGGUUAUGUGUCCAUCCACUAUUGUUGUCCGAGAGUUCUCAAAGGGGGUACAGGUUCAUUUCUACAAAGACCACCAUGGCCACAGCUCCAAUGAAUACGUUCUACCCGAUAAAUACAAAAAAUUCUCCCUCACGACAAUACUUCAAAACGCCGAGGGCUACACACAAAUAAACGAGUUGAAAGUGGACGAGAACGACCCUUACCUACAGUUCAAGAAGCUAAUGGAGUGUAUAGUUUUAGAUGCUGCAAAGAUUAACAUAAAGACGCUUAAGGUCCUCAUUGGGAAGGCCCUGGAGAUGACAUCGGUGCUGAAUAAUUACGAAGAGGACUCUGACUCGGAUACAAUGUCGCAAAAAAAGGUGAUAGAGGAAAAGAUAUCUUGGGUCGUCAACAAUAAGAGUGUGGGGGAGAAGAGGAAACCGGAGACUCCAGACGACAAGUCCAAAUCAGAGCCCAUCACGAAGCGGUUCAAGACCAGGAUGUACCAGCACCCACCCGAGGGCGACAAGGCCAAGGAAGCGGGUGCGCCCGCUGCACUGCAGGAUACUACAAUCAAAAUCAUCAACUCCUUCUCGCUGGCCGACAAAGACAUCAGCAAGGCCGUGAACGAAAUGGACAGCGAAGGGGAGAACGAUACGAAGCCGAAGAUAAAUACGAAAGGCGACGGGGGAACGUCGCCGUUGCCAGAAUUGAGUGUUAGCAGGGAUGAGCUGAUGACACCCAUAAAGUUCCAAAAAGAAGCGGUUGACAGCUCGCUGACUUCCUUCAAUGACUCAUAUAAAGAUUUUGUGUCGAAGAACUUCAAAAUGUCACCCACAGUUCCCUCAAAGUCUAAAAGCAAAAGCGCGAAAAACCUCCCGAAGAAAUUCACGCUUUCCAAAGGGUCGAAAACCGAUAGCUCACCCAGUCCGCCUCUGCCGCAAAUGAAGCAAAGAUUGUCAGACGCCAGCCUAUCAAAACCGAUAGAUUAUAAAUAUGAGGUUAAAGAAAGGGAAAACGAUUGCAAUAUAUUGAUUCUUAAAAUA